CUCGCGAUAAAUUCCAAAAAGUAAAAGAGUAAUCAUAAACAAACAAGGAUUACGAAAACAGUCAAUGAGUGCCAAUUUGGUGUGUACUGGUAAUCCGGCAUUUGUUUGAUCACACAUUACCUGUGACGUUUCAAAGCCCUUCCGAUCCAACUCCUGUUCUCCUCAACGGGCGGUGGCGGCAAGAUCGUUUGUCGAAUCAGUUGCUUUCUACUGAUCGAUGCGAUUUGAUGUCGAUAGGCGGAAUUGAUGUGUUUUAAUUUGAGUGCUUGUUGACAUAUUUGUGAGUUCUUUGUUAUUGUUGUUGUGUGGGAAGGAAUGAAGCUGGCAAAGUGUCUUGCAAUUUACAAAUGGGUUCAAAUUCCCUAUGAAGACAAACGGAUCCUAGCUUACUUGGUGGGUGGAUUGACGACUCUGUUCGGAACGGUAUUGUAUGGUCUGUUCGCGACGCACAAGUUUGGCAUGUUUGACAAUGGGAGUUGUCCUUCGUUUUCCUAUGUUUACAAUUUGGAGCUUCCCCUGCUAGCCGUGGUCCUGCUCGUGUAUUACGCUGCGACAUUCACAUUCAUCUGGGGCGUUUGGAAGGAAAAGUCGAAAUACAUCCUGCCUUUUUUCUGCCUGUUAGUCGCCACCAUGGGAUUCAUUGGUCAUGCCCACGUCGAGCGGAUGCUGUUUGAGGUCGAUGAGGGCGAGCGGCGUUUCGUUAUUGCAGCAUUCGCUUUUACGACAGGAGUGCUGGUUUUCGCCAGCGCCAUCACUUUGCUGCUAUACCGAGAGAUGAACUGCGAGCGGCGGGAUAAAGUCGAAUAUGUUGAAUUGUUCGUUACCGGAUAAAGCUAGCUGGAAUUCUGUAUGCAUGCUAGUUUGAGUGUUGAAAUACUACUUACCAUUUACAUAUUUUAUUAUAAAAUUUCCAACGAAUUGAAUUCACCGCA